AUGCGGAUUGAAAACUAUCUAUAUCAGAUGAAGCUGCACUUGCCCUUGUCCGGGGAGAAACCAGAGACGAUGAAGCAAGCUGAUUGGGAAUUGCUGGAUAGAUGAGCGCUAGGUGUUAUUCGGCUGACGUUGGCUCGUAACGUUGCGUUUAAUAUCGUCAAAGAGAAGACCACUGCGGGUUUGAUGAAAGCUCUGUCGGAUAUGUACGAGAAGAAAGUCCAAGUGGACUUUGAUUUGGGGAUUAUUGACUCGGUCAAGAAAGGAUAA